GCCCCGGCCCCCGCGCAGCCCCGCAGCACGGGCGGGAGGUUGUUCAUCUCCAAGGAGGAGCAACACCCAAACUGCAGGGAAAUACGUCGUGCAGAAAAUUAGGAAAACUCCUUUUUUUUUUUCUUAUUUUCCUCUUUUUUUUUUUUUUUUUUUUUUUUUUUUUUUCCCUUUGGAGAAGCUGAUUUCCUUCGGCAAGUGGGGGACGGUGGAGAAAAUGAAGCCGAGUCUGCGAUUUUUCUUAGCUGGUUUUCUCUCUUUGAUUCUGCAGACGGGGCUUUGCUAUGGGAUAAAAUGGAUAGCUCUGUCCAAGACUCCUUCGGCUUUGGCCCUGAAUCAAACCCAGCACUGCAAGCAGCUCGAAGGCUUGGUGGUUUCCCAGGUGCAGCUGUGCCGCAGCAACCUGGAGCUCAUGCAGACCAUCAUCCAGGCAGCACGGGAAGUGAUAAAGACCUGCCGUAAAACUUUCUCAGACAUGAGGUGGAACUGCUCUUCCAUUGAGCUGGCUCCCAACUACCUGCUGGACUUAGAGAGAGGCACAAGGGAGUCAGCAUUUGUGUAUGCCCUUUCUGCUGCUGCCAUCAGCCACACCAUUGCCAGAGCCUGCACCACCGGGGACCUCCCUGGCUGUUCCUGUGGUCCCAUCCCAGGUGAGACACCUGGACCUGGGUAUCGAUGGGGAGGAUGUGCAGACAACCUCAACUAUGGUCUUAUCAUGGGGUCCAAAUUUUCAGAUGCUCCCAUGAAGAUGAAAAAAUCAGGAUCACAAGCCAAUAAACUGAUGCAUCUGCACAACAGUGAAGUAGGGAGACAGGUCUUGAAAGCCUCUCUUGAAAUGAAAUGUAAGUGCCAUGGAGUUUCUGGGUCAUGCUCUAUCAAGACCUGUUGGAAAGGCCUUCAAGAGCUGCGAGACAUUGCAAUGGACCUCAAAAACAAGUACUUAUCAGCCACCAAGGUCGUUCACCGGCCCAUGGGCACACGCAAAUACCUCGUGCCAAAGGAUAUUGAUAUCAGGCCGGUUAAAGAGACAGAGCUGAUUUACCUGCAGAGCUCGCCCGAUUUCUGCAUGAAGAACGAGAAAGUGGGGUCACACGGAACCCAGGACAGGCAAUGCAACAAGACCUCCAACGGGAGCGACAGCUGCGACUUGAUGUGCUGCGGCAGAGGCUACAACCCCUACAUGGACAAAGUGGUGGAGCGGUGCCACUGCAAGUACCACUGGUGCUGCUACGUGACCUGUAAAAAGUGUGAGCGGACUGUCGAGAGAUAUGUGUGCAAAUGAGAACCCUCCUCUCUCCGCCCGGGAGCUGAGACGCCAGCGGCACCCCAGCACUAUCCAGAGAAGAGAAAACAUUUCCCCGACUAGACGCUGUUUAUCUUGUAAAGACACAGACUUGGAGAAAGAUGGUAGGAGGGAAAAAAAAAAAAAGAAAAAAAAGCAAUCACACCCGUAAAAAUAAGACCCUUAAAAAACAUCCCCAAAAAACCAACCCACAAAUGUUUCCCCCCCACCAAUAAAACCCUCUCUGAGAAGACAGAAAACUCAUUUGGGAUAGUAUCUUCUUCCACAGUAUUUCCUAUGGUUGCCGAUGAUGUCCAGCCAUCAAGUGCCUUAGUAUUUUGAGAAACAAAAGUAGAAACUUUCCCUGGGGAAGAGAAGUGACUCUUUUUUCAAAAUAACUAAGGCUCACACCCACCUGUGCCUUCAAGUGCAGGUACCGAGUCUGCGUUAGGACUGUCCCAGAAGGGAAAACUCUACCACUUUUCAGCAAUAACUGCCUUUACUGCCAAAGACUUAAUUUUUGACAUGGAAGCAUCCACUCCAGAUGAUAAAGGUGGAAAGAUUUCAGGUCAAUCCCCUGAAAUGAACAAAUCAUUUAAACCUUUCUUUUAUGCAGUCUGCGACUUUGAAGUUGACUGCUGCGGGAAAAGCUCUCCAUGAUUUUUCCAGGGUGGAUGGGGUUUCAAAUUCAGCUGUGCAAGAACCCCCGUGGCAUCCUGGAGGCAGUGAGAAUAGGGUACCCUGAGAAGGGCUUUAUGGGGUCCAGGAGAUCGUAGUGGAGCCAUCAGGAUAAAGUAACAAAGUCAAGACAAAAUCCAGGGGGAAAAGUAAAAAAAACCCAAACAUCUCCUGCUCUUUUUCUCUUGCCCUUUGGGUGUGAUGCCCUUAGUCACUGAUGUUCUGCCACGCUGGGCAUUCAAGUCCUUAGGGAAACGUGCAGCUGCCUCUUUUUUCCCCUGCAAAACUAUUGACCUGGCCCCAAGAAACUGCAGAGAGUGGAGCGGGUCCAGUCCUGGCUGCAGGGAGGUCAUCCAUGCAGGGCAGCAGCUAUUCCCAGCAGGAGGGAGUGGGAACGUGUCCGUCCUUCACGUGGCCGUGGCCCUGCCCUGACACAGCAGAGAACCACUAUCUGUGGCUGUACAUAUUUUCUUUUGUAUGCGGACAUACAGAAAUAUUUAUAAGAUAUAUCUCGCGCUUUCGUCUACUCUACUUCCUACAUAAAUAUACCUAUAUAUGAUAAACGAGCAUUAACAAUAGUAUGAAAUAAAUGCUGAAGUUACUGGUGCAACAGCAAAA